CACGAGUGUGUUAAAGUAUAAAUAAAAAAAGAACAUUCAUUGAGAUAUAACUGGUGUUCGGUUAAAAGUAGUUUUACCAAUGGAACUCUACCUUCAGGGUAACUGUAUUUGGUUGAGAUAAUCGGUAUUUGUAGGAGAAAUAGAUACUGUUAUCUCCAUCGAUUAUAUACGAGAUAAAAUAUUCACAAUCUUCAUGAAGAGCAUAGCGUAUGAGCAAUGAACUUCAUUUUCAAUUAGUAAUAGCCAUGUCUGACAUCUUGAACCCUCUUCCUCUGGAGGAAUGGCCUCUUCUUCGAGAUAUUAUUAAACUAGAAUCUCCCGCAUACACAUCUUACUGUAAUUGGAUCAGCAAUGCAAUUAUCUGGAAGACUAAGGACCCACAAGUGAAUCUGCAAAUUUACUGUCCUCACGGAAAAUACAACAGUGGUACAUUUGUUGGAAUAUUCGAUCAUUCCCUCUAUAACGUCGUGGUAUUUGCAUUCAAGUCUCAGGGCGAAAUUUUGCGCAAAGCUCUCAGGGAAACCCGUCGAUUAGAUUUCGGCAAGAUAAUAUAUUUCGCAUUCGUUUUGGAUGAUAUACUACCAUAUCUCAUUGGUCUUCUGUCAGAUCUAAAGGAAUCAAGGGGAGCGGAAAUAUUAGAAAGAAUUGUAGGGAAUUAUUAUUACAAGAGCGCCAAGGAUGCUGCUGCGGCUGAAAUUCGAGUUCCUGACGAAUGUUAUCUGCGACCACUAAAGGAAUCUGACGUCGCCUACAUCCAUAGUCAGUGGCCUCAUCGUGACGAAAGAAAUCCAGAGACGACCUUGAAUUAUCUGAAGAAUCUUGUUAUAUUCAAUGAUGAGUGUCUCGGUCUUUGCUUGAAGGAGGAUGAUACUCUCGUUUCCUGGGCUUUGGUAAACGAUUUCCACGCGUUGGCAGCGGUACAAACCCGAAAAGAUUAUAUGCGUCGUGGAUAUGCGAAAUUAGUUUCAUUAGCUGUGGCCAAAUGCUUGGGGAAACAAGGAUUCGAUUCUGUACUUAGUAUUCUUGUGGGAAAUACAUCUUCAGAAAAAAUGUUCACUUCUAUAGGAUAUCAAAAGAUUACUGGAAGUACAUGGUUAAUCGCGAAGCUAUGUGGAAAUAGUGAACAAUAGUGGAUGAAGCUAUAGAUAGAUUUCAUUUGAUUUAUACGUUUUAGUUUCGUUAAUAAACAAUAUGGAUUAUUCCUCUUA